AACUCUUCUCUCUCUAGAUCAUCAUCAUUUUUCCCAUCUCUCUCUCUCUCUCUCUCUCUCUCUCUCUCUCUAGAUCUUUUUUUUUCUCAGAAUUUCAGAAGCUCCAUUACAUCAAAAAUGGCGCGAGGAACUCUUGAAGUCCUUCUUGUCGGAGCUAAAGGCCUCGAGAACACUGAUUUUCUCAGUAAUAUGGAUCCAUAUGCGAUAAUCACUUGCCGUACACAGGAGCACAAAAGCAGCGUUGCAUCAGGAAAGGGAAGUGAUCCGGAAUGGAACGAGACUUUCGUGUUUACGGUUUCCGACGAUGUUCCGGAACUUUUAAUCAAGCUACUCGACAGCGAUGGCGUUUCGGCCGAUGAUUUUGUCGGAGAGGCCAAAAUUCCACUCGAGCCGUUGUUUCUAGAAGGAAGUGUGCCACCCAUGUCGUACAAUGUUGUUAAGGAUGAGGAGUACUGUGGUGAAAUCAAAAUCGGGCUGAAAUUCACUCGUGAGAGGCGCUGCGAGAGAGGAUUUGGUGAAGAAGAAGAAAGCUAUGGUGGAUGGAAAGAGUCUUCGUACUGAAGUUGAUUCUAUUAAAGCAUAUUCUAUCAGCCAUUUCUGAUUUUAUUUCGACUUUUUUCGAUUUUUCGAUUUAUGUGAACUGCAUUGGUUUUAAAUGAUCCAAAUAUUGAAAGACAUUGAGUUAAUUGAUUUGUGAUUGUGGUCCUUGUGCUGAAAUCUAGUUUUGUUUUGAUA